AUGGGUACUGGGAGACGACUAUAUCGUGCUUGUGAACGCUGCCGAAGCAGAAAGACGAGAUGUGAUUUAAGCGGCGUGGGGGAGGCUGGCAAGCCGCCAUGCCUUGAAUGCUAUCGCACCGGGCAGAAAUGCGUCUUGGCCCCUUCAAGACGAGGCGGUGACUACAGCCGCUUCAGGGUUCGUCGUAAACCGAGCGCGAUAGGUCAAGAGUCAUUGGACUCAGCUAAGCCCGACAGCAGAGUAGGAGAUUCUGCUUGGUCGUAUCCAGACCAGCCCAUUGUGAUCCGGAGAGCGUUUUCUGAAGAUCUGGACGAAGAGCCAAUCUGUGCGGAGCUCCGCAACCCCUCGGAUGCCCUUCACAUCCUGGAGAGGGCCGGCUCGCAGAAGGGGAAAGAACACAACGACAAGGAUGAAGCAACUAGAAAACAUGCAGGCUGUUUUGAUAUCUUUACUCCAAGUCCGCCACCAAAUGAUGGCGCAAGGGAAUGUUCGACUCAUACAUCUACACCGAGUGCGACCAAAAUCUCACCUCACAAGCUGAUUGAGAGCGGACUUUUGUCCCCUGCCUCGAUCCAAGACCUGGUUCAUAUAUACGCCACAAAAUAUCAUCCUUUCUUUCCCAUCGUCCCAUCACAUAUCCUAAUGACGCCCAACAUUGACAAGAUUGCUGCAGAAGAGCCAUUUCUCCUGACUGCUAUGCUCACAGUUGCGUCGAGGCAUGAAACUCCGUGGAUGCAUGUUCACAAGUAUUGUUGGGACUACAUGAAGGAAUUGCUUCUUGAGGUCAUGUUAGCCUUGCCGUGGACUCACCGCGUUGGGUCAGUGGAAGGUCUGCUGCUCCUGUCUGACUGGCUGCCUGAUAGUGCAUUCCAUAGCCAGCCAACUUCAGGUUCAUCAAGUGGAAUCUUCGCAGAGGACGGAACUGCCUGGUCUCUUGUGGGCCAAGCUGUUCGACAUGCCUACCUUCUUCGACUUGACCAAACGUCGUUUCGAGAUAACCUCGUUGAUGAAUGUGGGGAGGAGCUAGAGCGGAAACGUAUUGCAUGGACAUCUGUGUAUCUUGCCGACCGGCAAAUCUCUGUUCGCAUGGGCCAGUCAUUUUGGUCAAGAGGACCAUCAUUGUCAACGAGACUCACAGCGAACGACUUCCCCAGCCUCCAGGCUCGUCCAAACCAAGAAGAUUAUGCGUCAAUCUUUCAGGCAACCAUCGAGCUCACACAACUCCUCCACAACUCCCACGAUAUACUUUACUCUUCUCGUGCUAGGACGCUGGGUAUGAGCCUCGCUGGAGACUACAGCCGAUAUCUUGACGACCUGUUGAAGGCUCUUCUGAUGUGGCAGGCCGCAUGGUCUGAUUUAAACGUCAGCUCCAGGCUCAAAUGCACGCUUUCCAUCAUGUACGAGUAUCUGUGUCUUUAUAUCACUGCCUUCUCGUUUCAAGCAGUCAUUACUAGGACCGCCGCCUCACGGAGGACCUCGAAGAAGGGACAACAGCCAAUGAAAUCCAGGAGAUCGUUCCUCUUUCCUCGUGGCGUCUCGGCGUCUCCAGAUGGGCGUUACGUAUUUGAAGCUGUUCGAGCGUCGAAAAUGGUGCUGAGGCUUGUGGGUGACUUGAGCCCCACAAUGACUUUACGCUAUAUGCCAACACGAUACUACCUAUACGGUAUCUACUCUGCUGUUUUCUUAUAUAAAGCGGAAAUGUACGGCGCGUUGGUUGCUGGAGUCGAACAACGCGAAGUACGGAGUCUGAUAAGACGCUUCAUCAGCACUAUCCAGCAAGCGGCAACAAGUCAACAACAUGUCGGAUGCCGCUAUGGUAGGCUAUUACAGAUUCUUUGGUUUGGAAAGAAAAGCGCCACUUCCGAAGAUUGCUCAUCUACGGAGCAGGCACCGGAAUUUUGCCCACCACAUGAGCAACUGCCCGACGACCUUAACCAACGAUGCAUAUCUGAUGCAUUGGCCCACGAACAGGCUCUCGCCGGAGCGAAUCUCCAGAGCAACCAGAUCUUUCGCUGCACAAGCACUGAGCCCAAGAAGAGAUUAUUUUCGCAGAAUUCUUUAGUGAGCUCUCUUACGCCGAGCCCAGAAAGCUACACCACGUUAUUCCAGGACGACUUCAACCCGGACAUCUUUAACAUUGGAGCGGUGGACUUUAGCAACACCUUCCUAGAUCCACUUUUUAGCCUAGAGUAG